UCUAUUUUUAUAUUUAUAUAUAUAUAUAUAUAUAUAUGCCGAGUCUCAAUGAACAUAUAAAGUACUUCGUAGUUCUUCUCUUUAUUUGUCUCAAAUCCUUCAUGGCUGACUUGGAUCGUUCCUCUGAUGAUGUUUCUGUGGAUUCCAGAGAGGAAUCCAGCCAGGAUUCGAAGCUUGAAUUUUCAGAAGAUGAGGAAACCCUUAUCACCAGAAUGUUCAAUUUGGUUGGAGAGAGGUGGUCUCUAAUAGCUGGGAGAAUUCCUGGAAGAACAGCUGAGGAGAUUGAGAAGUAUUGGACUUCAAGGUACACUACAAGGGAAUGCAAGGCCCAAAAAUUUGGGUUUCUUCAGUUCAGAACAUGAAAAAUUUUGUGCAUGAUUGAGCAAAGUUUGGUUCCAAAUGGAAUUUACCAGUUUUGUUUUGCUUGGGGGGAGAGAAAACUGCUGUAUACAUGUAGUUUUCCUUCUAACCAAGUUUGGCCGUGCUAUGCUAUGUUAAUUGAGUUUUCAAUUUUCUUGGGACAUUUGGUGUUUGUCUAUGUAAAAAUGAAUUUAAAAGUGAAAACCAAGGGCUUGAAAAUCUAUGUAAAUGGAGUAUUUUACUUUUAUGCCAAUGUUUCCAGUCUGCCCGUUACCGGUUAUCAUGGACAAAAGACUGUUAUUUGGGGGAAACUUGAUUGCUUUGGACAUUUUAAUUGAUCUUUUGUGACUAUAUUCAUUAAUGCAAAUGUAUACUUAGAUAAAAUAAGGAUCAUAGAGAGGUUCAACUAGCAAAAUAUUACCCUGCUUCAAGGUGCAUUAGAGCUCAGAUUCCUCAAUGAGAAAAUCAGGAACAAGACAUAAAGACCAAUAGAAGAACUUCUUCAAUGAGAAAAUCAAGAAGUUGAAACUUGGAGUCCCUUUCCAUGCUAAGGUUAGACGUACCAGGUGAAAGCACCCAUCUCCCAACCAUAAACUUGUAACCCAAUGCCAGACUGCAUUAGCUUAGAUAGGAGUGUAUAUGAAACAAAUAUAAAUGAAUUUUAUUUUA